UAAUAAUUUUUUUAUCAAUGCAAUGAAAAAGACAAUGUUUAAAGUAUUUGAUAUAUAUAAAUGUUUGCUUUAGUGUGAAUAUUUGUACUAAACUUUGUAACUGUAUUGUUGCAAAUAUGUUGAAAGAAAUACCUUGGGAACAGAUUUAGUUUUGCGUAUCAUUUUGUCCUAAUUUUAGAAUGAGUGUUUUCUGUUAUUACAUAGAACAGUAAUGUUUUGAUGUUUUCAAAUUUUUCUCAACAGUUGUGCGUGGUAUUCAAAAUUUUUUAAUUUCACAAAUAUGGGAGUAAAAGGUCUUCAGUAUUUUAUUGAACAGCAGUGUCCUGACGCUUGUAGAUAUGUGUCAAUUGCACAGUUAGCUGAAGAACAUAAAAAUCGCUACAACUGUCUACCAAUUCUUGUGGUAGAUGGUAUGGCACUUAUAUAUCCACUUUACUCAACAACACUGGAAUGGGUAUUUGGUGGUCAAUGGGUCCAGUUUGUCAGAAAAUUAGAAAAUUUUAUAAAACGUUUUAAUGAAAUUGGCGUAAAACUAGUGUUUUUCUUCGAUGGCACAGUUUGUUCAAGAAAAAGGAAAGAAUGGGUAAAACGCCGGAUUAGUAAAUACAAACAAAUCUCUUCUAUUUUUAAUGAUAUUAAAGCUAACCAUUCUCAACCCGAUAAGAAACUGUUCCAGCUUCCAUCGUCUAUGGGUACAUUGACCAGGUUCGCUUUGAAAGAGUUAGGAGCAGAAGUCUAUCAAACAGAUACUGAAGCAGAUGAUGUCAUUGCAGAAUAUGCUACAGCAAACAAUGCUGUGUUUGCUAUUUUAAGUCAAGAUUCAGAUUUUAUUAUUUACAAUACAAAACCUUAUUUAUCUCUUUCUCACUUAGAUUUAAAUACUUUACAGACCUUAUAUUAUGACAGGAAUUGUCUAGCAUUUCGUUACUUGAACUUGCAUGUGAACCAGUUACCACUGUUUGCAUGUUUAGUUGGUAAUGAUAUAAUUCCAGCUGAAGAAUUAAGAUUUUUUCAUCAAAGACUGUGCCAGAGGAAUGUCCGUUCUUCUAUUGCUGAGAUUGCCUCAAAUUUAGUGAGUGUCAUAAAUAUGGAAAGGUGGAUUGGCGAUUUUAAUAAUAUGAGAGAACUUGACAGUAUAUCUAGAAAAGUUUUUGGUAAUGCUAGCCGGUCGAGACUUAUAUGUGAUGGACUCAAAUCAUAUGCUAUUGGUUGUCGGAUUCCAUCUCCAAGACUGAGUAUAGCUCUUCAUCCAGAUGUGGAGAGAAUGGUAUAUGAGAGGCAUUUUCAGUGUCUUAAUCCACCAGUUAUAUUCAAUAUACUGUGUAAUAAGGAGUAUGAGUCAAGUGAGGUGUUAGAAGAUGCAUUAUGGCCACCUACUGCUUUAAUAUAUCGAAAGAUAAGGCAAAGAUGUUAUGGAGUGCUCUUUAGUUGCUUUUUGCAGAUUGACCACUCAUAUCAAAAUAUGGGCAAUAACAGAAGAAUAGUUACAAUUAAAGAAUGGUGUGCUUAUAAUGGCAACAACAUGGAGAACCCAGAAAGUAUUGAAGCUUUACCUGUAAAAUUUCAAGAUUAUCAAAAUCAGUGUUCAGGUAUUGAACAACUAUGGUUCACAUUCACUGAAGAAGAAAAACUCAAGUUAUUCUGCUCAAUAUUUCAAGCACCUUUAGAUUUUCAACUUCUGCAUAUAUUGCCAAAACAUCACAUAGUCUUGUGCUGUAUAUUAAAUUACUUGAUUGGAGAAAGUGAAACACAUGGAAUACUUCAGCCUUGGGAAGUAGCAGUUUUUAUUGCUCAAGCUUUAUGGGAAAAAAAUGUUGAAGUCCUUGAAAAAUUGCAGGUUCCAUGGGUAGAUUCUACAGCAGUCCAUUUAGCUACUCUUUUCAUGCGUGGCGUAGCAACAGCUAUUAUGGUUUUGGGCACAUGUGGCUUUCCUUUUGAUCUCCAGAAUGCCAUGCCUUGGCGUUUUUUUGAUGGAAAGUUAUUUCAUUACCUAUAUGUUACAUCUAAAGAGCGAUCAAACAUCAGCCAGCUUUGCAACAAUCAGCCUCAGCUUAUAAAAGAAUUCUACAGGCUACUCUAUGUUGUUACAAGCAACACAAUGUAUGCAACAAAUCGAUUCGAAUGGAACCGAGUUUUGGUUGAUUUCCAAGAAGAGCAAGUAACACAAAUUUCAUAAAUGAAGUUAAAGAAAAUCAGUUAUAGAUGGCUUUUAAUUAUUUCUAUAUUUUAUAUAGGGCGGACCACUGAAAAUUACCAUUAAAUACUAUAUUUAAAAUUAUUCUGUAACUUCACUGAUAUCUUUAAAAAGUGUUAUUGAUGUAUCAAGUUGUUACUUAAUAGUCUUUAAUUGAUUUUAUUGUGAUUAGUUUGUUGUUUACACUUUUAACAAAUUCUGUUUAUUUUGAACAAUUUUAAAGUUUUAACUCCGUUCAAACCUAUUUGAAUAAACUUUUAAUGCCAUAACAUUGUAAAUAUAUAUAUAUAUAUAUAUAUGUCAUAUUUUGGCAGUCGAGCACAGGAGUGAAGAAACUUGGCAUAUAAUGAUGACAAAGAAGUUAGCUGUUUUGAUUCCACAUCUUUAUUCAGUUCAAAUAGCAGAUUUUGGAUUAUUUUAGAUUUUCCAAAAUUACAUAUACAAUAAUGAUUUAAAUUAAAAUAAGGUUAAAUUUAGACUUUUGACGUCAUAACUAUUCUAACAAAGGGAGAUAGAUGGGAAGAGUGGCAGCAAAUGUCCCUGAAAUUGUGGCAUCUAAUGAUAAAAUUCAGCUAGAGGUUGCCUGUUCAAAUUGAUUCAAAAUGAUUGAAUUAGGUUGGUCUUAUCUUCCAGUUAAGGUUUUUAAUGCCUGUAGCUAAUCUGCAUGCAAUAGUUGUAGAAUGAUCAAUGAUUUAAAAGUUGUAUAAGUGUGGCUAA